AUGGCAAGCUCGCAUAAAAUCCUUGUGCUCGAAUUCGAAGAGCCUCCUGAGGUGAUUCGUGCAGCGCAUGGAACGCACGGAGAUCUUCUAGUUCAUUUUGUCUUUGGCGACCUAAAGUCCUGUCCACCGAUCGAAACCAAGAAGCACCGGGUUCUCGCAAGCCAAAAAUAUCCCCAUCUAUCCGAGAUCAGUGCGAUCGUGAUUACUGGAAGCAAAUAUUCCGCAGCCGAGAACGACCCCUGGGUUCCAUCAUUGCUGGGCUAUGUCAAGCAAGCAUAUCAGGCCGAGAUUCCCAUCGCUGGAUUCUGCUACGGUCACCAAAUCAUCGCGAAAGCUCUGGGUGGACAGGUCACCCUCAGUCCUGGAGGAUACGAACUAGGCGUGCAGGAAGUCACUCCAUCAUCCCAGGGUGUAGAAAUUCUGGGGACUAAAACAUUGGUUCUGCCUAACAUCCCCCAAUUCCAUAGCGACUGCGUGUCCAGUCUGCCGCCGGAUAUCGAUAACCUCGCUUCUAGCUCGUUAAGCGAGGUACAGGUCAUGUAUCAGAAAGGCAGGGUGCUAGGAUACCAAGGUCAUCCAGAGUUUGAUUCAUACGUAACACGGUGUCUGGCAGACUUCCUUCUUGAGAAUGGGGAUAUCAGUCAAGAAGUAUUUGACUCUCAGGUCAAGAGGGGAAGUGAGCCAAAGGGGGCGGCUGUGUUGUCCAAGCUCGCGCGGGAAUUUCUCCUUGGACUAAAUUGA